AUGUCUACCUCGGGCUCAAAGAAACCACAGCGUCGGUUCCAAUUCAUCGACAACAGUGAUGUCACCUCCUUGGGAUCCAAUUCCACCCAAGUCCGGCGCCAUGUCAUGCAGGAGUACAUGAGAGAGAAGCGAUGGGAGGCUCGCACUCAGUCCACCGCUGCCGAGGGAGCUGAAGCACCGACUCGAAAAAAGCCAGACAAGCCCAGAUCGCAAACACGAUCGCGCCAGCUACGUUCACAAAGCGAACGUUCAGUUGCCGCAGACAUUCAGGACUCGGCAAGGAUUGCAAAUGAAGGAGUGGGCGGAAAGAGCCAUCCAGACGGUCCCGCCGAAGAGAUCGAUCGACACCCUCCCCAUCUUGUUGUGGUACGGACGAAGCCUUCGACAGCCUUCCGUAUAGGUUCGACGGCCUUUGCCAAGUUGGCAGAUAUGAUUCCCGACCCUCCAACCACUCCGCCAUCCUCCAUCAAGUCCAGCGAUUCAUCGUCGCCCUAUAAGCCGCGUUGGCCAUCGACCAGUUCUUCGUCUCGCAGCCCCGAGCCGCAGUCAUAUCUGAGUGCUGCCCGAACCGACCCGUUUGACGCUCUGCCAAUGGAACUAAGCCCUCAGGACCAGGAACUAUUUGACUUCUAUGCGAACGUCAUGCCAGCUUGCUCAUACGGAUUUGAAAGACGUAGUCCACUUGCACACAAUUGGUAUCUGACUGUCUUCAUUCCCGAAGCCAUGAAAGGGGCCGUGUGCUUUCAGAACACCAUUCUCGUCCACGCCGCCAACACACAGGCUUGGGUCCAAGGUCUUCCAGAGACACGUCUUGCCAUCGAGCAUCGGGCUAAAGCAUCGCAACUGCUCCUCCACCACUAUCAACAAUACCCGCAUGACACUUCAGAUGCCACGAUAUCGGCCACAAUCUCAGCCGCGGCACUGGAGGACUUUGACCCGCGAAUAGAACGCCGAAUAUACGCAUGGAUGCACUGGGAGGCGGUGGUGCAAAAGAUCAGGGACCGAGGUGGACCCGCCGCCCUGGUUCAGAACAACAGACUGCAAAUGUUGAUCAAUUGGUCCGAUUACAUCUUUUCGGGUUAUAAAGGCCAUGGUGCUACAUUCUACUUUGACCACCAGUCAUCACCGAGCCAUUCAACCGACCAGGAGGCGGAGGAUAUUGCCCGUGCUGAGAUUGCCGAGCAGUGUGACGAAUUCAUCACCUUCCUCAAAUGCGUCGAACAUCUUGCCCUUGUUCAGGCCGGCCUGCAGACCAACCCAAUCUCAAGGAACCAGCAACCCUUGCGCUACUCUGUCUUUUCACCUGGGCAACCUCUUUACAAUCUCCUUGCAAGCCCGAAUGGCCCACGCUAUACGGAUACGGGACAGUUUAAGCAGAUUAUUUCCAGGUUAGCCGCUCUGAUGACCAUCAACACAGCCAUCUGGGAAUACCGGCACUCGGUUGAACACAGCGAAGCAUUCUUCGCUGAGCUUAUGGACAACAUCAUGCACAACGAACUAGAUCGACAUCUUUCAGUGGAAGCAUUGAUACAGAUAUUAUUGAGCGGAAGUAACAAUCCUGUCUUGUUGCAUACCGAAAGACCGUGGUUUGUGGGGAGAAUGCUGAAAGUGUCCAAGCGCUUGUCCCGACCAACCUUUGAAAGGCUAAACGACUUACUCCUAAACUUGUUGUCGCUGGGGCCAGGGCUCGCGCCUGUCAUGUUGACUUGGGAAAAUGAGCUGCGCGCAGAGAUCCUGCAGGCCCCUCUGGUCAGCUAUCAUUCCCGAUUCAUGCUGGAAACGGCUUGA